AUGUCCAAAGGAGGUAAAGGACUGGGAAACGGUGGAGCAAAAAGGCGCAGACGAGCGUUAUGGGAAUCUCAACCACGAGGAUGGUCGACCAUACGACUCUUAACCAACCCCAUCAUUGGAACUACAAAUCCGGAAAGCACUCGAUUAGUAGAGCCUUUGAAAAAGAAGAUCAAGUUUUCAAGCUCAUCCAUGAAUAUUACUGGCGAAAUUAUUUCUCACCCAUAUUCCCAUUGGUUGAAUUCGUUAGUCUUGCUGAAAGUGUUUGAAUAUCUUCCGAUGAGCGAUCAAUUGAAUUUUCGGUUGAUCAACCAUUCAUCGUUCAAUACCGCAUUGGGAAUUUCAUCAUCGUCUCUGUGUUGGAAAUUUAAAACCAUGAUGGAAGGCGCAUCUUCAACUUCAUGGUUUGGAACUAGUAGUACGAAUCAAGCAACACAACAAACUCCUUUCCAUCAAGAAUACUUUAAUAUUCUCUCAUCGGGUUUGAAAGAAGCUCCUCAUCUCUAUUCUCAUCAAUUGAUUUUAAUGUUGGAACCUCUCGCUCAUCAAACCAUUAAUCUUUCAACCACUUGUUGUUCUCAUUCCAAAAUGAGCAAUGCAUCUACUGAGAAAUCUUUAGAAAUGGGCAGAGAGGAUGAAAACAACGACAUGAUGAAGACCACUAGUGAGCAUGACAAGCAACAAUCACUUGCGUUGCGUCAUGUGAUGCAUGGAUGUUUACUAAGCGUGAAUGCAGCAUUGAGGAAUUUAAUGAUUAAGUAUUCAACUCUAUUCACAAAUCAAGAUCCUUUCCAAUCACACUAUCGAGACGUUUCAGAUCCCAAUAUUGAAGAAUUAUUGAAGAAUCAAGAAUAUGUAGAAUUAUUUAAAACAGGAAUUGUCUCAUACAGACAAUGGAUUGGAUAUGGUAACAAGUAUUCACAAUCAUCGAAAUGUGAAAUUAAGAUUAAGAGAAAGAGUGUUUUGAAGGAUGUAGAUUCAAACCCUUACAUUUACUUGGUUCAACAACAUGGUUUAGGAAUUAAUUGUAGAGAGGGAACCAGUGACCAAUAUUACCAAUUGGUGCAAAGGAAGGGCCGAGCAACUAUUCCCAUUCUAGAGAGUUUAUUUUAUAGAGAACCCACAGGAGAAGCACAAUAUCACAAAAGAAGAUUGCAAAGAAUUUUAGACGAGUGUGAGCUACCAAGUGAGUGGAACACGAAGAAGUUUCUUUCGUUUCUCAUGCUUUGUUCGAGCUCAUUAUUGAAUAGCAUUGAGAAUUGUGAGUUUACAGAUACCCUUAACAGAAUUAAACCUGUCAUGACGAUCCAGGAGGACGAAAAUGAAGAGUGCCAAGACGAUGAAGAGACUUACGAUCGUGAAAAUCCUUACCUCCAACAGCGACCAAUGCUGCUUUAUGCCUAUCAUGAAAACAUGAAACAAACAGAUUAUGAAGUAGCUGGGAUUGAGUUUAUGGACAAAUUAAUAUCAGAAUUUCUAAAUCCAACACGAAACAAAGGUAUUGCACAAAUCAGAGAAGGUGUGACAUGUUUAAGGAAAAAGCUCAACUUCUUGUGCGCAAGGGUCAAUUUGUCAAAGAUGGAACCUCCCCAAGGAUGCAUUAAAUUGAUACAAGAUCUUCAAAGCAACUUGGUCACAAGACAUGAAAGUUACUCCUUCUCGACAUGUAUUGGAGAGUAUGUAACAGAACAAGAUAGUUAUUCUAAGGUCACUUUUAGAAGAUUAGAAAAACCAGAAGAAUUAAUGACUCUUGUUCUUCAAGGAACACAAGUUGCGGGUUAUGGUGAUUCCUUCGUUGAUUUUUCAAUUUCAAGUACAACUGAACAAGACGGAAAUUCAGCCACAACUCUAGAAAUGUGUUAUUCUAAUGAGAAAGACCUUUUUGACGAUAAUUGUAGCAAGUCUGGAUUUUUAGAGCGUUUGAUUGGUAGCCAAAGGAUCGCUCAAUAUUCAUCCAUUCAAAUUGCCUUUAGUUUGCUCCAUGUCAUGGAUCGACCACAUCACUUCUUAAUUUCUGACUUUGGCCAAAGAUCUACAAGAGAUCAUGAUGUGACAGAUGUAUGGAAUUCUUUCUUGGAGAGAUUUUCUGACAAGCUGUAUGAAAAUGAAGAUUAA